UGUCAAGUAAGUGUUCUAUUGUAAUCCCGGACAUUUAGCUGUCUACAAUACCUGGUUCUUAGUGUAUCAAUCUACUUGUAUCUGUAUAUUCUGUGAAUUGGUGCACAAGCGUCUCAGACCCCCAGACUUGUGAGCCCUCGUUAGUGUCUGUGUGUGGUCCUCUGUGUGUUUGAGACACGCCAUUACUGCAUGCAGGCUGUCCUGCUGGGUUUGAUUUUUCUUUUGCAUCACGUUGAACCAUCAGGUUAAAGAAGAGGACAAACCGGAUAAGAAAGACCAGGAGGGUUCAGACAGCAGCGGCAGCAUGAGUGACAGGGCGCAGUCGGCAAAAAUCCCAUUCCGAGUAAAAAGCCCGGAACCGAUGAACAAGCCGGAACGUGUCCAAAGUCCGAAACCCCAGCCCUUGCAGCGUCAGCUGAAAAGCCCAGAACCACCGCCACCAUCCCGGGGCUCCAUCAAAAGCCCAGAACCACCGCCACCAUCCCGGGGCUCUAUCAAAAGCCCAGAACCACCGCCACCAUCCCGGGGCUCCAUCAAAAGCCCGGAACCAGCGCCACCAUCCCGGGGCUCCAUCAAAAGCCCAGAACCGUCCCGGUUUCCCGUCAGAAACGCAGACUCGCCAAAGACUCCUGAGCGCUUCAAGAGCCCUGAACCGGCCCAGACGAGUCCGCAGCCCGUCCUGAACGGAGACAACAACUCCUUCAGUACGUCUAACGGGGCGCACAACACCCCGGAUACAGCCCCCUCCUCCUUCUCGAGCCAGCAGGAGUCCGCCGAAGACCAGGGCUUGAGCAGAAAGAAGGUGGUCAGGGUGGUGAAGAAGGUGGUGAGAAGGGUCGUGCCCACGGAGGAAGAGUCAGCAGCAGCAGUUAAAGAGCUGCAUAAGAGGACGAGCGCGACGGAGAAGCCCAAACCAGCGGAGCCCGUUUCCAAACCCGAGAGGACUCCCCUCUUCUCUUUCAAGCAUGACGGCAUCAAGAAGGAGCCUGCGAAGGACGACAUGGCGGCCGGCCUAGCCAGCCUGAUGAGCAGAGCCAAGACGAAGGAGCACCGUGCUCGAUUCCGAGGGCCGGAGAGGAGGCAGGGGGAGCAGGAGGCUUCCCCUGAGCCACAGCAGCAGGAGCAGACAGCUGAGCCCCAGGAGGAGGAGAAGCCUCAGAGGAAGGCUGAACCCACGGCUGAGAAAGAGAAAGAAGAGUUGUCGGUGGCGCCUCCUCCUCCGAAGACAGAGGACAAGCUGUCCCCCUCCUCCCCUCGUCCUUGUCCUUCUAAUCCUCAAUCCCCUUUCCCUGCUGUGCUGGCUGCGUCGAAGCCUGAGGUGAAAGCAGUGCCUCGGGUGACCCUGGCAGCAGCUGUGAAGCCGCUGUCCCCGAGCGCAGUCGCUGAGCGCCCCCUUGCUGAGUCUGAUCAGGCAGUGGCCCAGCUGACCCCGGCGGACGAAGCGCAGAGACGAUUUGAGAGGAUCUUCAUGGCUUCUCUGGAGCCUGUGGCUUGUGCCUCUGCCCGCACUCAGGUAUGGUACUCUUCCCCGGAGCCCCCCUCUCAAGGCGUGUGCGCCCCGGCUGGUGUCUGUGCGCGUGUGUCGUGCUGGAGUGGUAUGGUGGAUGAGGUCCCAGCAACAGCUCUACAGGCUCCCUCUGCAGCUUCUACUACUGCUCAGCACCAGGUGAAGACGGAGGAGGAGAUUGCUGCAGAGCAGGAAUGGUAUGGCACAGACAAGGUGUGGCUGGUCCACAAGGACGGGUUCUCUCUAGCGACUCUGCUGAAGGCAGAAAACCACAGUCUUCCCGAAGGAAAGGUGAAGAUUAAACUGGAACAUGACGGGACAAUACUGGAUGUGGACGAGGACGAUGUGGAGAAGGCUAAUCCCCCAGCCUUCGAUCGCGUGGAGGACCUGGCGUCCCUGCAGUAUCUCAACGAGUCGAGCGUCAUGCACUCCCUGAGGCAGCGCUACGGAGGGAACCUGCUCCACACCUACGCCGGGCCCAGCAUGGUCAUCAUUAACCCCCUGAGUGCCCCCUCAAUGUACUCCGAGAAGGUGAUGCACAUGUUUAAAGGCUGCCGGCGGGAGGAUUCGUCCCCUCAUAUCUACGCUGUGGCCCAGGCUGCUUACCGGAACCUGCUGACCACCCGGCAGGACCAGUCCAUCGUCCUGCUGGGCAAGAGCGGCAGCGGCAAGACCACCAACAGCCAGCACCUGGUGCAGUACCUGGUGUCCAUCGCCGGCAGCACUGGCAAGAUCUUCUCAGCUGAGAAGUGGCAGGCUGUGUACACGAUCCUGGAGGCAUUUGGGAACAGCGCUACAGGGAUGAACAGCAAUGGCAGCCGAUUCUCUCAGAUAGUCUCGCUGGACUUCGACCAGGCUGGGCAGGUGGCCUCAGCGUCUCUGCAGACCAUGCUGCUGGAGAAGCUGCGUGUGACGAGGCGUCCUGAUGCCGAGGCCUCCUUCAAUGUGUUCUACUACAUGAUGGCCGGGGCCGACAGCACACUCAGAACGGAGCUCCACUUUAACCACUUUGCAGAGAACAGCGCUUUCGGAAUUGCACCACUGUCAAAGCCUGACGAGAAACAGAAGGCCUCCCAACAGUUCACGAAGCUGCAAGCUGCGAUGAAAGUGCUGGGGAUUGCAUCAGAAGAGCAGAGGGCCAUUUGGCUGGUCCUCGGAGCCAUCUACCACUUAGGAGCAGCUGGCGCUACCAAAGUUUCUGUCGUAGACGGAUUCGCUGGAAGGAGGCAGUUUGCCCGUCACGAAUGGGCCCAGAAGGCGGCCUAUCUGCUGGGCUCUACUCUGGAGGCGCUGUCCUCGGCCAUCUUCAAACACCAGCCCAAAGGAUCUCUCCAGAGAUCCAACUCCUUCCGCCAGGGGCUCGACGACAUGGGACAGGGAGACGGCUCAGGACCCAAAGUUACGGCUCUGGAGUGUUUGGAAGCCAUGGCGUCUGGACUCUAUUCAGAACUCUUCACUCUGCUGAUCUCUCUUAUUAACAGAGCCCUGAAGUCCAGCCAGCACUCUCUGUGCUCCAUCAUGGUGGUGGACACGCCCGGAUUCCAGAACCCUCGCACCGCCCGGCAGGACCGUGGCGCCACCUUCGAGGAGCUGUGCCACAACUACACCCAGGAGCGCCUGCAGACGCUGUUCCACGAGCGCACGUUCGUACAGGAGCUCGAGCGAUACAAGGAGGAAAACAUAGAGCUAGCACUAGAUGACCUGGAAUCCAGCACAUCUCUGUCUGUAGCUGCAGUAGACCAAGCCUCGCACCAAGCUCUGGUGCGGAGCCUGGCCCGGAAUGACGAAGCCCGGGGGCUGCUGUGGCUGAUGGAGGAGGAAGCGCUGCAGCCAGGGGGCAGUGAGGAGACCCUCCUGGACAGACUCUUCACGUACUACGGACCUCACGAGGGGGGCGACAAGAAAGGUCAGAACCCGUUGAUGAAGAGUGACAAGCCGCAUCACUUCCUGUUGGGGCACAGCCACGCCACGGACUGGGUGGAGUACGAUGCCCGGGGCUGGCUGUCCCACGCCAAGCAGAACCCCGCCUCCCAGAACGCAGCCACUCUGCUGCAGGACUCGCAGAAGAAGAACAUCAGCUGCCUGUUCAUGGGGCGCGCCGGCUCUGCGACCGUCCUGUCGGGCUCCAUCGCGGGGCUGGAGGGCAGCUCUCAGCUUGUCCUGAGAAGAGCCACCAGCAUGAGGAAGACCUUCACCACCGGAGUGGCGGCUGUCAAGAAGAAGAGCCUCUGCAUCCAGAUCAAACUGCAAGUGGAUGCCCUGAUCGACACGGUGAAGAAGUCCAAGCUCCACUUUGUGCACUGCUUGCUCCCGAAGGCGGACGCCCUCAGUUCGGAUAUGCGGCUCUCCUCCGGCGGCCCGUCGCCCAAGGCUGGCGAGGGUGAGCCCCACGGGGAGAACUGCGACUCCGGACUGAUGCAGCUGGACGUUAGCCUCCUCCGGGCUCAGCUCCGCGGCUCCAAGCUGCUCGACGCACUCCGGAUAUACCGCCAAGGUUACCCAGAUCACAUGGUGUUUUCUGAGUUCCGCCGCAGGUUCGACGUCUUGGCUCCACACCUUACAAAGAAACACGGGCGCAAUUACAUCGUCACUGAUGAAAAACGGGCUGCUGAAGAGCUUCUGGAGUCCCUGGAUUUAGAGAACAGCAGUUAUCACAUGGGGCUGAGCAGGGUGUUUUUCCGUGCAGGGACUCUCGCUAAACUGGAAGAGCAAAGAGACGAGCAGACGAGGAGGAACAUCUCCCUCUUCCAGGGGGUGUGCCGGGGCUAUAUGGCCAGGCAGUCGUUCAAGAAGAGAAAGAUCCAGGAUCUCGCUAUCCGCUGCAUCCAGAAGAACAUCAAGAAGAACAAAGGCGUUAAAGGCUGGCCCUGGUGGAAGCUGUUCACCACAGUGAGGCCCCUGAUCGAGGUGCAACUCAGCGAGGAGCAGAUCAGAGGCAAAGACGAGGAAAUUCAGCAGCUUCGCGGCAAACUUGAAAAAGUGGAAAAAGAGAGGAAUGAACUGCGACUGAACACAGACCGUUUGGAGUGCAGGAUCACAGAGAUUUCCUCGGAGCUCGCGGAUGAGAGGAACACAGGAGAAUCGGCUUCCCAGCUUUUAGAGUCAGAAACUUCGGAGAGACUGCGCUUGGAGAAAGAAAUGAAAGAUCUGCAGGCUAAAUUCGACACGGUGAAGAAGCAGAUGGACUCCAUGGAAAUGGAAGUGAUGGAGGCGAGGCUGAUGAGAGCGGCCGAGCUCAACGGAGAGCUGGACGAUGACGACGACGACUCGGGUGGAGAGUGGCGCUUGAAGUACGAUCGGGCGAUUCGAGAGAUCGAUUUCACCAAGAAGAGGCUCCAGCAGGAGUUUGAUGACAAGCUGGAGGUGGAGCAGCAGAACAAGAGACAGCUGGAGAGACGGCUGACAGAUCUGCAGGCAGACAGCGAGGAGAGCCAGCGCACCGUCCAGCAGCUCAAGAAGAAAUGCCAGCGGCUGACCUCCGAGCUGCAGGACACCAAGCUGCACCUGGAGGGCCAGCAGGGACGCAACCACGAGCUGGAGAAGAAGCAGAGAAAGUUCGACUCUGAGUUGUCUCAGGCCCAGGACGAGGCUCAGAGAGAGAAGUUCCAGAAGGAGAUUCUGAGCCGGGAGAAGGACGUUCUCACCGGGGAGGUGUUUAGCCUCCGACAGCAGCUCGAGGACAAGGACUCGGAGAUCAGCGCUCUGAACCACAAGGUGGAGCUGCUGGAGGUGGAGCUGCAGGAUCUGUCCUCCCAGGAGUCGAAGGAUGAGGCCUCCCUCUCCAAGGUCAAGAAGCAGCUGCGCGACCUCGAGGCAAAGGCCAAGGAUCAGGAGGAGGAGCUGGACGAACAAGCAGGGACCAUACAGAUGCUGGAGCAGGCGAAGCUGCGUUUGGAGAUGGAGUUGGAGCGGCUGCGACAGAGCCAGUCCAAGGAGAUGGAGAGCAAGGAUGAGGAAGUGGAGGAGGUCAGGCAGUCCUGCCAGAAGAAGCUAAAGCAAAUGGAAGCGCAGUUGGAGGAAGAGUAUGAUGAUAAGCAGAAAGUCCUCCGUGAGAAGAGAGACCUGGAGAGCAAGCUGUCCGCGGCCAGUGAGCAGGUCACCCAGCACGACUUAGAGACCGAGAAGCGGCUGAGGAAGGACCUGAAGCGCACCAAAGCUCUGCUGGUGGACGCACAGAUUAUGCUGGAUCAUCUGAAGAACAAUGCACCGAGCAAGAGGGAGAUUGCACAGCUCAAGAACCAGCUGGAGGAAUCCGAGUUCACCUGCGCGGCGGCGGUGAAGUCUCGUAAAUCCAUGGAGGUGGAGAUUGAAGAUAUGCACAUUCAGAUGGACGACAUCUCCAAGACCAAGUCAGCCUUGGAGGAACAGGUGAGCCGUCUGCAGCGUGAGAAGAACGAGCUGCAGUCCCGUCUCGAGGAGGACCAGGAGGACAUGAACGAGCUCAUGAAGAAGCACAAGACUGUUGUUGCACAGUCAUCGAGAGACCUGGCUCAAAUCAACGACCUGCAGGGUCAGCUGGAAGAAGCAAGCAAGGAAAAGCAAGAAAUCCAGGAAAAGCUCCAGUCCCUGCAGAGCCAGCUGGAGUUUGUGGAGCAGUCCAUGGUGGAUAAAUCUCUGGUCAGCAGACAAGAGGCCAAGAUCCGGGAGCUGGAGACCAAACUGGAGUUUGAGAGGACCCAGGUCAAGCGCCUCGAAAGCCUGGCAAAUCGGCUGAAGGAGAACAUGGAGAAGCUGACGGAGGAGCGGGAUCAGCGUGGGGCGUCAGAGAACCGGGAGCGCGAGCAGAACAAGAGGCUGCAGAGACAGAUCCGAGACAUCAAAGAGGAGAUGGGAGAGCUGGCCAAGAAGGAGAUGGAGGCCAGCCGCAAGAAGCAUGAACUGGAAAUGGACAUCGAGAGCUUGGAAGCAGCCAAUCAGAGCCUGCAGGUGGAUCUGAAACUGGCCUUUAAGCGAAUCGGGGACUUGCAGGCCGCCAUUGAGGAUGAAAUGGAGAGCGACGACAACGAGGAUGUCAUUAACAGUUUGCAAGACAUGGUGACAAAGUACCAGAAAAGAAAGACUAAAACCGAGGGGGAUUCAGAAACUGACUCUGAGGUGGAGGAGCGCGUUGAUGGGGUCAAAUCCUGGCUGUCGAAGAACAAAGGCUCAUCAAAAACUCUCUCGGAUGAUGGCAGCUUAAAGAGUUCCAGAUAUGCCCUAAAUGUAGACGCCAAAGAGGGCAAAGAGUUGAAGGAGGGCAAGGAAUGGAAAGAAAGUAACAAAGAGGGGAAGGAGCCCCCCGUCCUAUCGCAGACACACCUUACACAAAUCAGAUGAGGAGGACGAGCAGAACCCCAGCAGCAACUACCGCUCCCGAUACUCGCAAAGGAGCUUCCUGAACGAGAGCGACGGCGACUCCAAGCCUUCCGAAACCACUGCGUAAGAGCAGCGAGUGGCCCAAAGCAAGCCCACCGGCUCCUGCAGAGAACCGGCAUGACGCUGCACUGCGCGCUGCUCUCAAAAGCACCCCGUUCAUUAAAACAAAAACAAAAGACAGAAAAAUAAAUUAAACCAAAUGUUGUUGUUUUUUGCUUUGUCAGUUGUAAUGAUUACUCUGCACCGGAGAAGAUACUGUAUUGUUACUGGGAACUGCAGCUAGCUGCACAUGAGGUACUGGACGUUGAAUUAUUUAACAAGGACGAGGCCGCCAUCGGAGAAUCUUGGUACUGGCGAGGUUCUGAACCUGAGCACAGGUGUUUUGGUGCACCUGGUUCACCGGAUUUAUGUCCUCACUCCCGAUUUUUGCCAGGUCACACUCUGGAGAUGCAUGCUCUGAAUGGUAGUCGUAGUUUUUGCCCUUUCUUUCGUUUGCUGAAGGGUCGCAGCCUUUAUAACACAAUGAGUGCUGAGGCUUGUCCCAUCGAUCAGGCAGUCUGCGUUGCUAAGCUUGUGCUACACUGAGCCAAAGAGCUGUUUGCAGUUUUCAUUGACUGGGAACUUUGUUAAAUAUGUGCUCUAUAAAAAAGAAUAACAAUUGCAACACUUUGGCUCAGUGUUAUUUUUUCCCCCCUCAUCAGUUUGAGUUUCACAUCGUUUCUGCUUUCUAGAAGGGUGAUUAUUUGGUACAGGCUGCAGGUGCCUGUAGUGUUUAUUUCUCACAUUUAUAAACCUUCCUUUGGAUGGAUACACACUGCAUUGCAGCAGAUUGUCAGCUGUAUCGGUGGUAACCUUUUCUUUUGAGUUAUAACAAAUGCUGAUUGUAUACAACUGACGAGAUGAUAUCUGCGCCUUGCCUAAUUUAUAUUGCGAAAGAGAGUGCACAGGUUUAGACUGAAUUUAUUGAACAUGCUUUUUACAGAUCUGUGUGCCCUGCUCUAGCUUAAAAGGUAUGAUCUUGCUUACUACUUUUCUAUGCAUUCAAUAUUAUCCUAAAUAGUCGUGCAAAGACAGUGUUUGAUGAUUAUGCUUUUAAAGGGCAGCCUGUAAAACGAAAUACCAAGGGGAAGAGAGGAACACUUAACAAUGAAUGUUCAAUAUUUGACGUUUACAUAACUACUAUAUAUCUGUACAAUUCAUUCUAGCUACCAAAAUAGUUUAGUUUAUUGACUUUUUUAUUGUACUGUAUAUAGGAGCUGGUGAUCGUUUCAGACAUUUUUCUGUGCAAAAGAUGAACGCUAGAGCUGCAUUGAAAAUUAAAAAAAUUGAAGAAAAUUAUUUUUCUUUCUUUUAAAUAAUCUUUGUAUGCUUUUGCCUUUUCGUACCUAAUCCCCUCCAUUAAGUAAGUAAAGAGCUUUAUUUUUGGUUUGGAAUGUUACACAGUGGGUUUGUGGUGCCGAUAUAUUCCGUGUUCUAGAACUAGAAUUCCAACCUGUGCUUUUAAAGCUUAAAGACUGAUACAGCCCUUGGGUGCAACUAUGGCAACUGAAACGGUACAGACAUCAACACUGCUACCUGAAACACAUUGCCCUCCUCAGAUUUAUUAAAUCCCAUCCGGUUUAUUCAGCCAACAUUGAAUCGCAAGUCUUCAUAUAGCCCCCCCCCCCCAGUCUAUAUGAUCCACCCUCCCUCUAAAUCACACUCGGCUCAAUUGCAUUGGGAUUAUGAUCUAAACCGACACAGAACUUACCUGCCCCAUGCCAAUCAGUCUCUAUCAUUUAAUGGUAUUGCUAUGGAUCAAAAUGUCAUUCCCAUUCUAGCAUUUAAAAACGAUAAGUGUUUCCAUCCAGUAUGCCUGUACAGAUUUAUAAACCUCACUCUAAGUAUGUGCUUAAAACAGGGAUUGAUUUGCAGUUUGAGUAAAACUAUUGCCUAACUUUUAGUGCCCUUGUAGAUUCAAGUGCUUUUUUUUUGUCAGUUUCUUGAGUCAGUGUUUCCUUUCCCUGGAGAGUGCUAACGGCCCAGGUUUUGUGUUUUAACCAGGUCCUGAAUAUUUAUUACAAUUUACUUGUGCAUAAAAGACAACCCGGACAGCCGCUGGGACUUUAGACGUCCAUACAUAAAGAAUACGAAUGGAUAACGUCCUGGACAGCUGGCGGUCCCCAGGGUCCAGGCUGACCGAUGACUGCAGGCUGUGAGCUGUUUCUCUUGUGUUCUCUCUUGACGUGCAUGGUGAUUUGGUCACGGUGUUUCUGCAAGUCCACUCUUCUCUCUCCGCGAUCUCCAUGCUGAUGCCGUUCCUGCCCUACUCUGCACAGCGAAGCGCAGCCACAGAACACCGAACACACUCCUCAGCUGCGUUUCCUCUGCCCAAGCCCUGCCCGUUCUGGGCAUGGGAAUGACGUUAGCAGCUGUCUUUAAUAUCUAGCAUGCGCAGUGAUAGGGUGCUGUUAUCCAGCUGUACUGCUUACUCAGCCUGCAUUGAGAGUCUUGCAUUCACAGUUCAAAGACCUGACUGGACGCCUGUUAAUCAGCAGUGGUACACAGAAGGGGAUUCAGAGCAGUGGAGAUGCUGCUUUGGUUACUACAGUGUCUACCAUAUAAUAGAGCUAUUGCCAAGAUGAAAUAAAAGAUACUUUAAGCAAACAAAAAAAAA